CUAACUAUGGUGCCAGCUAUGCUGGGAGCACUGGACGGUUCCGGAAGAUGUGGAGCCUACGAGUGCCGUCUGAGCAAUCCGAUCUGUCGGUGCGAGUCCUUCUGCCAGGAGUUUAGUCAGCGGUGCUGGAAAAACCCAACGGGCUGCCAUUGUGCAAGGGGUUACGCCCGCGACGAACGUGGCAGCUGUGUUCCCCUCAUCUUGUGCCCCUAG